UUAAAUCUUCUUUUCCCUUCCCAUCUUCUUCCAAUUCAUGAUUCAUAAAUAAGCUUUCUCCUGAGGCUUUCUUUCUCCAAUUUUUUUCUCAUUAUCCAAUUGGUAUUUUUACUUCCUUUUUCUAUUCAAAAACUCCAAAUAGCAUCCAUAUAGUUCUCUUACAACCAAAAUAUCAAAAUCUUGUACAAACUUCAGCUUUUCGCCAGAUUUGGUACCGGCUGGACUUUGUGCUGGAGCUUACCAGUAAUUGUCUUUUCAUUUUAGUGGAGAACCAUUAGAAGUUGGAUCAGCUGCCUCUUUGGGAGUUACCUUUGUAGCCACUACGAUUGACCUUUUUUGAUAUCUCCCUUACAGCUGAUGAUAAUUAUAAACUUAUAGUUCCUUCAUUUUUCGAUAUCUUGAAUGGCUGGAUCUUUGUUACCAGUGGGUAAGGCAGUCCUACGUUCCCGCCAACCCUCCAACUGUUAUGCCUUCAAUGCUGAUCUCCAGCAUCCAAAGUCAAUUCCAAUUCUCCCUCUAUAUAAGAAAAGAGUCAAACAAAACAAUACUUUGAACAAAUCGGUGCUCUUAAGUCCAUUAGUUUGUCAAUACCGGUUAAAACCGGUUUCUGCGCUUGACUCAGAUGUUGCCCGCCCUAUUGAUCAGAGUUCUGAAGAUUUAAAGAGUAGCAAGAGCUUUAAGCAAUGGGAUUCAUUGACUGCAAAAUUUGCAGGAGCUGCAAAUAUUCCGUUUCUCAUAUUACAACUGCCUCAAAUAAUACUCAAUGCUCGUAACCUUCUAGCAGGAAAUCAAGCUGCAUUAUUUGCUGUUCCAUGGCUGGGGAUGUUCACUGGAUUGCUUGGUAAUUUGUCUUUGCUAUCAUAUUUUAUUAAGAAGAGGGAGACGGAAGUGGUUGUUGUGCAAACUUUGGGCGUCGUGACCAUUUAUAUUGUGAUAUCACAACUAGCCAUGGCUGGAUCUAUGCCUUUACCUCAUUAUGCAGUCACUUCUGUUGUUAUUGCCUGUGGCCUUGUUGUGAACUUCAUGAACUACUUCCACUUGCUCAAUCCCGUAAUCUGGCGUUAUUGGGAGGAUUUCAUUACUAUUGCUGGCUUAUCUGCGCUUCCUCAAGUCAUGUGGUCAACUUUCAUCCCAUAUGUUCCAAAUACCAUCUUGCCUGGUGCUGUAGCUUUCGUUCUGGCUAUCCUAGCUGUCUUUAUGUCUCGGACUGGGAAACUUCCAGAGAAGGGUAUCAAAUUUGUAGGAUCAUUAUCUGGAUGGACUGCCACUCUUCUUUUCAUGUGGAUGCCAGUUUCACAAAUGUGGACAAACCUUCUAAAUCCAGAUAAUAUAAAAGGUUUAUCAGCUCUUUCGAUGCUGCUUGCAAUGAUCGGGAAUGGACUCAUGAUUCCACGAGCACUCUUUACUCGGGAUUUGAUGUGGUUCACUGGUUCAACUUGGGCAUGCGUUUUUUAUGGAUGGGGAAACCUUGUCUGCUUAUAUUGCUGCAAAGUUAUAAGCAGGGAAUUUUUCUUGGCUUCAACAACUGCCUUUGUAGCAUGGCUGGUGUUCAGCUUCUGGAGAGACACACAAGUAUAUGGUUAUAAUUCUCCGUUGAAAUCGUUGAAGGAACUGAUUUCUGGUUCAUAACUGAUCCCACUUGUCCUACCUUGUUGGCUUUGGCUAUAUAUUUGAAAUGCAAGAAUGUUCAAGUUUGGCAUUUCUUCUAUGAAUCAAGUGCUCUUCCUUAGAAGAUUUGGUGAAAGUGCUUUUGGCAAAUGGGGACAUCAGGCAAGGUCUAGUUGCAAUGUCAAAUUAUUCAGCAUAUCGUAAUGAGGAAGGUUCCUGUGGUUCUUUUACAUGUAAUGUUAAUCAAUAAUAAAGCUACAAAUGCAAUGUUAAAUAUAUUUGUUGUAUUUCAUUUUGGGACAAUCUUAAUAAACAAAAAGUUAAACCAUAUUUGCAAAAAA